AGGGAGUGUAUAAGUGUCCACGUUGGUCAAGCCGGUGUCCAGAUGGGCAACGCCUGCUGGGAGUUGUAUUGCCUUGAGCAUGGUAUCCAACCGGAUGGUCAGAUGCCUUCUGAUAAGACCAUUGGAGGGGGAGACGACUCCUUCAAUACUUUCUUUGCUGAAACAGGUUCGGGAAAACAUGUCCCCCGGGCCAUCUUUGCUGACCUCGAGCCAAACGUAGUGGACGAGGUCCGUACUGGAACGUUUCGACACCUGUUCCAUCCCCAGCAGUUAAUAACAGGGAAAGAGGACGCGGCUAACAACUAUGCUCGCGGUCACUACACCGUAGGUAAAGAAUAUGUGGACCAGGUCUUGGACCGGAUCCGGAAACUCACAGACCAAUGUGAAGGUCUUCAAGGGUUUCUUCUGUUUCACAGCUUCGGCGGUGGGACAGGGUCGGGAUUUGGUUCACUCUUGAUGGAACGUCUCAGUGUAGACUAUGGGAAGAAAUCCAAGCUUGAGUUUGCAGUGUACCCUGCUCCCCGAAUAUCGACGGCAGUGGUAGAACCUUACAACUCCAUUCUUACUACCCACACAACACUUGAACAUACUGACUGUGCUUUCAUGGUCGACAACGAGGCUAUCUAUGACAUUUGUAAACGUAAUCUGGACAUAGAGCGCCCAACCUACACCAAUCUGAACCGCCUGAUAGGGCAGAUUGUCAGCUCCAUCACCGCCUCCCUUCGUUUUGACGGUGCUUUGAACGUUGACCUGACAGAGUUUCAGACUAACCUGGUACCUUAUCCUCGCAUCCACUUCCCGCUGGCAACCUACGCGCCAGUCAUUUCCGCCGAGAAAGCCUACCACGAGCAACUCACAGUCGCGGAAAUCACCAAUGCCUGUUUUGAGCCAGCUAACCAGCUAGUUAAGUGCGACCCCCGCCAGGGUCGCUACAUGGCAUGCUGUGUCCUCUACAGAGGUGACGUCGUGCCAAAGGAUGUCAAUGUCGCCAUCGCCUCCAUAAAGACGAGAAGAUCAAUCCAGUUCGUCGACUGGUGCCCAACCGGCUUCAAAGUCGGCAUCAACUACCAACCCCCAACAGUGGUGCCUGGAGGAGAUCUGGCAAAAGUCGAACGUGCCGUUUGCAUGUUGAGUAACACAACAGCCAUUGCUGACGCCUGGGCCCGUCUUGACCAUAAAUUCGAUCUGAUGUAUGCCAAGCGUGCCUUCGUCCACUGGUACGUGGGGGAGGGUAUGGAGGAGGGAGAAUUCCAUGAAGCUCGCGAGGACCUGGCGGCUUUAGAAAAGGAUUAUGAGGAAGUAGGGGCGGACUCGUACGACGAAAAUACGAUUGAUGAGGAGGAUGAAUAUUGA